AAAACAUCUGUUUUUCGAGAAAAUGAAUUCAAAAUCCGUUUUAAUUUUUUGUCUCUUUUUUGUGUUUAGCGAACAAUCGUUUGAUGCGAACCAAGCCUUGGACUACGAAGAGGACUUCCGGCGCCCGAACAGCGUUUCCGGUUCUGCGACUGCGCUGUUGAGACGUCCGCCGAAGAAAUCGAUUUACAUUUCUCCCGAUUUGGACGACAUUCUGGACCAACAGUCGCACGACGUCUACCACGACGUGGUCAGGGGCGCCAUUCUCAUGCCCAAGGUCAAGUUCUCGUUGCGCGACGACGAGGACUGCAUUCGCGACGCCGACGACGACCCGGAGGCGCCCCCCAGUGGCGGGGGUGGGGACGAGGACUUCGGGGGCGCGCAGAGGGAGGAGCCGCCGGUGCCGAAGGCGGGGAAGUCGCGGCCGUUGGUCAGGACGACGACUCGGAAGCCGGUGCGCGUGUUUCCCAAUCCGCUGUUCCGCAGAACCAUCGAAGAGAUGAUUCCUUUCGCGCGCAUUCCGUUCUCCGACGACACGUACAUCUUUAACCGAAAAUGCGAUUCUUUGCCGCUUUUCUCGCGCGUCAAAUGUGUCGAGAAUUACGAGAAGAACACUUUGGAAGACAUUGUUGUGAACGCGAGGAAGGAUUCCAUUUGUUUGCCCAUUGCUGCCGACGAGAGACCGCUUCCGGUCUUCACUCUCCCGGCGGAGAAGGCGGGGAAAUCGCGGCCAUUGGUCAGAGCGCCGCUAUUUACGCCGCCCCCACCUUUCACUCCCCCACCCCCUCCGCCGCCGCCGCGAAGACAGGAAUUGGUUUUCUUCCCGAAAGAGAAAACAAACGAUUGUUUUGAAAACAAGUUUUCGGAAAACAGUUUAGAAGAUCUCGUGAUCCGAAGAGGAAGACAUUCGCUGACGUUAUUUGUGGACAACUAA